AUGGCAUGCUGUGGAGGACAAAGCCAAGAGGCAACAUUUACAGAUAGGAAGUCGAAUCCCUACUCUCACCUGUUUAAAUAUAUUAUGGUUGGUGACUCUGCCGUUGGCAAGAGUAACUUGACAUUGCAGUUUGUGGACAAGAGGUUUGCACCAAACUCAGACUUUACUAUUGGUGUGGAGUUUGGAUCAAGGACUAUAAACAUCGAGAACAAACAGAUCAAGCUGCAGAUUUGGGAUACGGCCGGACAGGAGAAGUUCAGAUCCAUCACAAGAGCCUACUAUCGCGGUGCUCUCGGUGCUCUGAUCGUGUACGAUAUCACGCGUCGUGAGACGUUUGACAACUUGACCUCAUGGCUCAGCGACUGCCGAAAGUACAGCACUGGUGAGGUCACCAUCGCCCUCAUUGGCAACAAGAGCGACCUGGAGACCAAUCGUCAAGUGUCCACUUCCGAGGCCUCUGCCUUUGCUCAAGAGCAUGGUCUCUUAUUUUUCGAAACGAGUGCCAAGACUGGCUCAAACGUUGAUCUCGCGUUUGAACAAACAUCCAAGAUCAUUUUAGACAAGCUCGAGAAGAACCCUUCGUUAAGAUCAGAGGCAAUGCAA